ACCCCUCUACUGCAAAGAUGGUCAAUGUACCUAAAACCCAAAGGACUUUCUGUAAGAAGUGUGGAAAGCAUCAGCCUCACAAAGUGACCCAGUAUAAGAAGGGCAAAAAUUCCCUGUAUGCCCAGGGAAAGAGGCGCUAUGAUCGGAAGCAGAGUGGCUAUAGUGCGCAAACAAAGCCAGUUUUCUGGAAGAAGGCUAAAACUACAAAGAAGAUCGUACUGAGGCUUGAAUGUGUUGAGCCCAACUGCAGGUCCAAGAGGAUACUGGCCAUUAAGAGAUGCAAGCAUUUUGAACUCGGAGGAGAUAAGAAGAGAAAGGGCCAAGUGAUCCGGUUCUAAGCUUUGAGACUCUUU